CAGCUGUUGCGGUGUUUUCGAAUCAGUGGCGCUUAAAUGACAGAUGAGGCGAUAUUCCGGUGUUUCUGUGUAAAUUAUGAAUAAGACUCUGUGUGAGUCAAUUAGAUGGUAUGUCAGUCAAAUAAAGGGAUCAAAUCCUGAAGAUAUCGCUGAUGGUGAUAACUUUACGUGUGUCGAGUUUAAUGAGUCCGGAGAAUUGUUAGCUACUGGUGAUAAAGCAGGUCGUGUUACGGUUUUUAAGAAUAAUAAAGAUACUGGAUUAUAUGAUAUUUAUUGCACAUUUACGAGUCAUGAACCAGAAUUCGAUUACUUAAAAUCUCUGGAGAUCGAAGAGAAGAUUAAUUCAAUUACCUGGCUUCAAGCAUACUCUUCUGCUCAUCAUCUUCUUUCAGCUAAUGAUAAAACCAUUAAACUGUGGAGAUUAUCAGAAAGACACUAUGAAGCAUAUAAUUUUAAUAUACGUGACGAUGAGAAUGCUAGUUUAUGGGAUGAAAGCUCGGAUCGACUGAAUAUGAUCGGACCACCAAUUCCUCACAUAAUUACUCCAGAUAAACUGCGUAUUCCGAAGUUUCGUAAAUCUCGUCAUCUUACAAUCGAAGCCCGCCCACGACGUUUUUUUGCCAAUGCUCAUGCUUAUCAUAUAAAUGCGGUUUCUGUAAAUUCUGAUCAAGAAACAUUUCUUUCGGCUGACGAUUUACGCAUUAAUCUUUGGCAUUUAGAUGUGACCAAUCAGUCAUUUACUAUUGUCGAUUUAAAACCGUCAAAUAUGGAGGAUUUAAGUGAAGUCAUUACUUGUUCACGGUUUCACCCUGUUCAAUGUAAUAUACUUGCCUAUUCAACUAGUCGAGGUUUGAUUCGGUUAUGCGAUAUGCGAUAUCGUGCUCUAUGUGACGAUCAUGUACUUGUGUUUGAGGAUCCAAGUCUUUCACAAAAUCUGGGAUUUUUCGCCGAUAUUAUUGCAAGUUUAUCAGAUUUUCGCUUCGGUCAUACUGGAAAUUAUCUUUUAGCCAGAGAUUAUUUAACAUUGAAAAGGAGAACACGACUUGAACCAUUAGCAGUGAUUGUACUCUCUGUAUUUAUGGGUAGUAUAUCUAUACAACUUGUAGCUGAAUCUGUACAAGCCAUUGUUCGUAUGUCACAAAAUAAUCAAGAGGCACCAAACGUUAAUGAUUUAGCAUUGGGAAUAAUGGCAUCCGUAAUUGUGACUAAACUAAUCUUAUGGAUCAUUUGUUUUAAAUUUGGUGGUGGAAUGGCUAUCGAUGCGCUUAAAACCGAUCAACGUAACGAUAUACUGACGAAUGCUGCAUCAAUUUUAUUUAGUGGUCUUGCUGGACGUUUACCUCCUUUACUACGACAAAGUGAAACAUGGAAAACGCAUCCUAUUGAGGUUUUUCGGAAGAGAUUAAGCUCUAACAUCAGAAAAACUAAGACGACUUCAAAGUCAGUCAUGGAGUUUUAUCGACGACAAGAUGAACAUAUUCGUGAAUUGGAAAAGAUCGCAACUAUUAUGGAGGCAGAAACCUCCGAUGUAGAAGUAACCUCCAAUCAUCAUUCUAUUAGGCGGCAAACGCGAAUUAAUACAAUGAUUAUUGGUGUUGUAUUUUGUGCCAACGUGGUACUUUUAUUGGGUAAAGCUGUAGCAUCUGCAUUAUCAGGGUCAUUAGCAAUCAUAUCAUCUUUGCUAGAUAGUUGUGUCGAUUUGGCUUCCGGUGGAAUCAUGUGGUUUGCUGCUCGUCAAAUGCGUAAAAGGAAGCCAUACAAAUACCCAGAAGGGAGAACACGACUUGAACCAUUAGCAGUGAUUGUACUCUCUGUAUUUAUGGGUAGUAUAUCUAUACAACUUGUAGCUGAAUCUGUACAAGCCAUUGUUCGUAUGUCACAAAAUAAUCAAGAGGCACCAAACGUUAAUGAUUUAGCAUUGGGAAUAAUGGCAUCCGUAAUUGAAAACUAUAUAUAUUUAUAUAUAGCUUACAAAACAUUCAAAUAAUCAGGAAUCAAAAGUAAUUAUGGAUGGUCAACGUGUGCGUAUGAACAGAAAUUAAGGGAAGAAAAUAGGACAGAACGAUGGUUAUACAUAAGUUCAUGACCUUUUGAAACGGGUGUAUAUAUCGCUCAAAUUCUUAAAUGAUUGCAGUAGACUAGCUGGAUUUCUCCUACAUUUUAUUGUAGACAACUAGUAAUCACUGACGAAUCAGUUAAUCACCUACUGACGUUUUAACUACAUACUGCUUACCUCAAGAUUGAUACUAUCCUCCAGUUUAUAAAAUGUUCAGUAAUCCCCAACUCCAUGCCUUUAUUACUUGAAAUUUAGAGUUGUAUUUCUCUGGAAAAAUAAUUGAUAAAGUUAGUCUAUCUCUUUGCUAUAUUACUUGAUUAACUGAUUGAAUGAUAAAUUUACUGGCCCUUUUCACAUUUAUUAUCAUUUAUAGUGACUAAACUAAUCUUAUGGAUCAUUUUUUUUAAAUUUGGUGGUGGAAUGGCUAUCGAUGCGCUUAAAACCGAUCAACGUAACGAUAUACUUACGAAUGCUGCAUCAAUUUUAUUUAGUGGUCUUGCUGGACGUUUACCUCCUUUACUACGACAAAGUGAGUUUUAAUAUUGAUGCUGGGGCUUGUUUUGCCAAGCUUAUAUAUAUAUAUAUAUAUAUAUAUAUAUAUAUAUAUAUAUAUAUAUAUAUAUAUAUCAUCAAUCGAUAUCACUAUUUUCAUCGUCAUAUCUUCACUGCAUUGUCAUGUUCUAAUUUUCACUUGCUCAUUUACGCACGACAUCCAGUUUUACCGUUAUGAUAUUUGCCGUAGAUCUGUUUAUAUUUGUGGUGCUACCAAUAACAAUAAUAAUAAGUUAUUAUUGUUGUUACUUUCUGUAUUACCAAUUCAUCUAUUUUUAUAAAUUACUUUUUCAUUCAAAUAGUUUCUUUUGACAUGCUAUCGACUUUAUUUGUGAAGUAUUAUCAUCACUAUGGUCGUCCUUAUUCACGUAUUAUUUCUAAUGGUAUAUUAUAAUGCUGAAUGUAUUCAUUAACAAAAUGUCCAUAAAUUUUAUACCUUAUAUGAAAUGGAAUAUUAUGAAAUUGAAAUGAUCUGGAUAUAUGUGCGCUGUUUUAUUAAUUCUAUACGAGUGGAAAUAUUUAAGAUUUGUUCCCUAAAAACUAUCAUCAAUAAAAAAUCUCAGGUGUGACCUCUGAUUUCCUAUUGAUUAGUAAGAACACUGUAAGUAGGAUUUAGGUGAGUUGAUUAGACACAGAAAAACAAUGUUACUGAACAUGUUGAGUUACAUUGGUUUAAUGGAAACAAUCAUUAUUAUAACCAAUUGUACCAGUGAUUGUUUUACUGUACAUGUUUGUUUACCUGUACUAAAGACAUCGUUCCUUCCUUUGAUCGUGACCUUGCACGAAUUCGGUUACGCUCAGUAACCACACGUGUACUCCUUUGGCACGAUCUCGGUAUUCUUUCGAUACCACGAGAUCGCCAACGAAUACAUCUCGACUACAGCCAUCAACUGCCUUCUGACAUUUGGCUUACGGGGCAUCUUAUCCGUUAACUGGCACGUAGUCUUCCUGUAGUGAUGAUCAUAGUCAACCGCGACUAGACGCCACGCUACACAUGAGUAAUACUGAAUCACUUACACCUCAUUAUCAAAAUGAAAAUCUGUUUUCAGAUAUUGACAAUUACAUUUUUAUAAGUACACAGUGCAAAUUUAGGAAUUUUUUUAAAAUUAGUCAAAUAGAUUAUCUUGAAACAAUUCUAUCACAGUGUCAGUAUUGUAUAACUUGUUCACUCGAACUUCAUCAUUAUGGAUAACCAGAAAUAAAACCACUGUUGACCAUGAAGAAAUAUUUUCACUUAAUUCAAACUAUUACUGCUUUGAAUUUGUCCAUGUUUUCAAUUAUACUCGUUUAUAUAGUAGAUUUGUGAAUGUUUUCACUUUCAUUGAAAUCAUCCAUUUUUUUAUGAAUCUUAUCAAGUUAUCUGUUUCUUUGAUACUUUAUAUGAUUAAUAUAUAUUCUGUGUUGAAAUAUACUUAAUAUAUUUCUGAUAAAGAUGUAUAAACUGCCUGUAACAGUCAUCAUGAAUUUGUUAAAAACAAAAGUAUUUACCUUUAAUGACGAUUUCUCACCUUUUCUGUCAUUUAUAUAAUACAUAUGUCUAAUAAAGCUUAUGAGUUUAUGUUACAGUAGAAAUUUGUAUGAAUUGAGGGAUUCUUGUUUUACUGAUAUUUGAAUUACAACUAAGCUUCUAUUAAUAUUGAAAUCUGAAUUCUUUUGUCAAUAAUAUAAUAAUUAAUAUGAUCUUAUGUAACUGAAACCGAAUAUUUGUUACGUAAUAUAAAGCAAUGUUAUAAGAUGCUUGGAUAAAAAGAAUGUGUAAAUUCAAUUCACUAGACUACUACAUGAGAGUAGCAUUGAUUCAUUUUAGGUAAUCAGUUUAUAUAGAAAGUGAACAAAUAAUAAUAGCUAAUCAGAUAGGGAACCAUAAAAUCCAUAUAAUUUAGAUCAUAAUUUACUAUUGUUCGUUUUUAUAAAAGAAAUUUCUCAUUUAUUUACAUCAUUGUAAGUUAAAUGUGUUGAUUUGAUUGAAUGAAAAUAGUUAAAACAAAAGCAACAUUUAAAAUAGUCCGACCUACUAUUUCUAAUAAUUUAUAGUUGUAAGUAGGUUAAUAAAAGCAAACUGGUUGUGCUAGUUUGAAUGUUAACAUGUGAUACAACCAAGUCACCAUGAAAAGCUCUACGAAAUGUAUGAUACGCUUUUUCCUGAUUUUCUCUUCUAUUCACGUUUCUUUUUACUUUGUUACAUUUAUUUCAAUACUGAACAACAUGGUUGCCAAUGACUACAAGUUAUUUCAACAGUGAAGAUUUAUGAAACAGAAUAUUCUGUAGACAGACACAAGCUAUUUAUUAAUCAUAUAAUUUACUUAAUGAACCAACGGAUCACUAAAUAAAUUCAUUGUUUCCUUGUUC